CUCUGCGCAGGAGAAAGAUCACCUCUCCCAUCUUCAGGCUCAGCUCCAGGCGCCCGUUCCCAUUGAAGUCAAACAAGGCCUGAACACACACAAACAAACACACACACACACACACACACACACACACACACAUUAUAUAUACCCAAGCACCAAGAGGACAGCAUUGUGAGGACACACGAGCUAAGAUGGCAAUGCAAGACUUACUCAAAGCCGAUGAUAUCAAGAAGGCCCUGGACACGUUUAAAGCUGCUGACUCCUUUGACCAUAAGAAGUUCUUCGAGCUGGUUGGUCUGAAGGCCAUGUCUGCAGAGAAUGUUAAGAAGGUCUUCAGAGUCCUGGAUGUCGAUGCCAGUGGCUUUAUUGAGGAAGACGAGCUCAAGUUCGUCUUGAAGGGCUUUUCUAAAGACGGCAGAGAUCUGACUGAUAAGGAGACCAAAGCCUUCCUUGCUGCUGCCGAUAAAGAUGGAGAUGGGAAGAUUGGCAUCGAUGAGUUUGAAGCCAUCGUGCACCAGUAAACUGGAAAACACCUGGCAACCCAUAUCACAUCCUCCCGUCUUCCUGUCCCUCGCUUUUGUCCCUUUAUUUAUUUAUGACUUCUUAUUUUUGUUAUACAGAAAACACCCACAUCACAUGCCGGGAAUUUUUCUGUUUUUCACACCUCCUCAUCCGUCUCUCUUUUUUGUUCUUAUUUUCCUUUUCUUCAUUUCUCACCCACCCUGCAACACCCCACCCCUCCCUACCCUGUCCCUCACUCCCUCGGACACAGCCGGUAAAACGACGACGUGCAAAAAAAAAAACAAUUAGAAGACGACAAAGCGUGAUGACAAAGCUGUGAAGAAAGAACGAGAGAAAAAUGAAAACAUGAGAAAUAAAGAGAACUCUUGCCUUGAA